AAAAAAAUACCACAAAAACUACUACUACAAACACCACUAAUACCGUAUUUCUACUUUUUUUUUUCUUUGUACUCAUUUGUCACGAAAUCCGUGUAACAGUAGUCAUUGUCUCUUGCCUUCCUUGCCUUCCCUUUCUUUAAUUUUUCCUUUUCUUCAUCAUCAUCAUCAUCAACAAAUUUUCUUCCUAUUCAAUAUUCAUCGUCAUCAUCACAUUGUAUUCGAUUUAGAGAGAGAAACCCAUAACCCACAUUUCUUUUUAGAGUGAGAAAGUUCGAGAAAAAAACACAUACACACUCACUAUAGUCAAGAGUCAAAGCUCCCCCCACCCUUAUUCUGAUAGGAGCCUUUUUAUGCUGGUUAAUGUGGUGGAUAGACUAAAUUUGCUGAUUCCUGUGAGUAAAUGGUGGGCUCUGAACUUCAAAAGUUUUGGCAGUAACUUGGUUAUGAAAUUAAGUUUUUAGGAGAGGAGCAUUUCUGGGGAUUUAAUUAUAGUAAAAGUUUGAUAUUUAUAGGUUGAGUCACCUUGAAGUUUUGAAGUAAGAUGGGAGGUAUUAACGACGAAGCCGCCAAUAGUGCAAUGAUGCAACGGCUUCAUUCAUCAUUUGGCACUUCAUCCUCUUCUGUCCCUAAACAGCCUCAACAGCAGCAAAAUUCCUUAUCUGCUAAUCAAGUGGAGGUUCCCCAGAUUAGUACCUUGCAGUUUCGAGGUCAAAUGCGGCAGUUUUCGCCUAGUAGUAAUGUUGAGAAUAGUAAACGGGGUGGUAUACCGCCUUCGCAUCCACAAAUGCCCCCGAUUUCACCUUAUUCGCAUGUCCCGGUAUCCAGGCCAAUAAAUCAUCAAUUGGGAAUGCAGAAUUUCAGUCCUAAUUCUGGUCCAGGGCCAUCACAUUCCCGAUCUUUAUCACAGCCUUCAUUUUUCUCGCUUGAUUCGUUGCCACCAUUGAGCCCUUCUCCUUAUAAAGAUUCUGUUCCAAAUUCCAUUUCUGAACCUGUCUCUACCGAUGUUUUAAUGGACGAUCAGAAUGCUAGCUCGCAAUCUUUGUUGCCACCUUCGCCGUUCACUAGGGGUAAUUCAUUUAGGGCGGGAGAAAGUAGUCUUCCUCCUCGCAAGACCCAUAGGCGGUCUAAUAGUGACAUACCAUUUGGAUUUUCCAGUAUCAUGCAAACUUCGCCACCUUUAAUGCCAUUAAGGAGUCCAGGUGCAUCUAUGCCUGCGGCAGUGCAAUUGGUGAAGCGGGAAUCGAAUUGGGAGAAAAAUAGUGAGCUCAGUGCCGAGGGUAUGGGCGAGAGGAAAUCAGAAGGGGAAGUUGUGGACGACCUGUUUUCUGCUUACAUGAACUUGGACAAUAUUGAUGCAUUAAACUCAUCAGGAACUGACGAAAAACAGGGCACAGAGAACCGUGAUGAUUUGGAUAGCAGAGCCAGUGGUACAAAGACUAAUGGUUGUGAUAGCAGCGACAAUGAGGCAACUAGCAGUGUAAAUGAAAGUGGGAACAGCAUGAAGAGGGAAGGUAUUAAAAGAAGUGCCGUUGGAGAUAUUGCGCCUACUUCAAGACACUACAGGAGUGUUUCAAUGGAUAGUUUCAUGGGCAAGCUAAAUUUUGGUGAUGAGUCACCAAAACUUCCUCCAUCUCCAGGUGGUCGACCAGGCCAAUUGUCUCCAAGUAAUUCUCUGGAUUCAAAUACUUUCAGCCUGGAAUUCGGAAAUGGGGAGUUCAGUGGGGCUGAACUAAAGAAGAUCAUGGCAAAUGAGAAACUAGCUGAAAUUGCUCUAAGUGAUCCCAAGCGGGCUAAAAGGAUUUUAGCCAAUCGUCAAUCUGCUGCCCGCUCCAAAGAAAGAAAGAUGAGAUAUAUUGCAGAAUUGGAACACAAAGUUCAAACUUUACAGACCGAGGCAACCACAUUAUCUGCCCAGUUAACUCUUUUGCAGGUUGGAACUACUUUCUUUUUGUCCCUUAAACUCCAUUUUACUAUUUUUUUUUUCCCGAGAAUACCACAUUGUGAUAAUUUAUUAUUGCAGAGAGAUUCUGCUGGAUUGACCAGCCAAAACAAUGAGUUGAAGUUUCGUUUGCAAGCCAUGGAACAGCAAGCUCAACUUCGAGAUGCUCUGAACGAGGCAUUAACUGCUGAGGUUCAGCGUUUGAAACUCACAACUGCAGAACUAAACAGUGACCCUUCCAAGUAUCAACAAGUCUCCAUGAAUUCUCAGAUGUUCCAGUUGCAUCAGCAGCAGGCUGCCCAACUUAGCAUGCAUCAGAGGCAGCAACAGCAACAGCAGCAGCAGCAGCAGCAGUCGCAAAGUGGAAGUGCAGAUGUGAAGCAUGACCAGAGCAAAUAAGUCGUUGGGGAAAGUUUGGUCUUGAGAAGUCGAAUGAUUUCAUUAUUGCCAUUCCCAGUAUCUAUCCAUCAGUUUUCGUUCUAAGCAUUCAUUCAUUUGUUUUCUCGGCAGUCAGAGAAAAAAAAUAAUAGUAGCUUAUCAUAAUGGUUUGACCUCGAAAACACCCCAUGUUAGGGCAUAUAUUAUUACGUACACAUACAAAAGAAAAGGAUAAAGUGUGUAGGAUUUUUGUCCAUGUGCUUAGGGAUGAUAUGCAUAUGACCCUUGUUUGUCAUGUCGUUUUUGAAAAUUUAUAUUGACUUAACGCAAUCGUUUGGAUAGUAUUUUUUAUUAAUAUGAAUAUAAUCAACUCUUGUGAUGUAUAUUCAGUGUGAAUCUGACCCCUUGACUGAUAAUAGUGUUAGGGUGAUGGGAAGCAAGUGCAAUGUUUCUGGACACAAAUGAAGAGAGCCAAAUUAUUAAUUUGCCUAGUUAAUUGUUGUCUGUUCUAUCAUAUCAUGCAAGCACAAUUGAGAUGCAUGUGGUGAGAAUUAAGAAGUUUUGUGACUCCUCGUGGUAAUUGUCUUGUUUGUUUAGUACAACAAAUAUGAUUAUACUAUUUUUAUU